AUGGGGUUGAGCGACUGGCACGAGCGAAUUGAUUUCUUGAAGGCCGGCUACACCACGGACAUGGAGACUCCUGCCCUGUCAACGCUGAUGACAGGCGACGUUUCCUCGGGUGUGAAUUGGCUGACCUGUUGGACGCUGGUAGCAGCUUGUCUCAUUGGAGCCGCUGUUGCGUGGCUUGCGAAGCGGCGCAAUGGAACAACCCACGGUGGCAGCCCGCCUGACGGGGCUGCCGUGCGACGCAGUAAGCGAAGCGAAGACACCGCACAAACCUUCGACAGCAACGUGCCAGAGGAUAUCUCAAAGGACUACAUGGAGAUCACAUUGGAGAGAUCUCAGAGGAGCGAGUCCUGGGGCUUCGUUUGGCACGUUCAAGCCUUCGAAGCCCAAAGGUUUCUGAUCGCUGGCUUGGAGGCAAAGUCUCCAGCCGGCCAGCUUAAGGACCGGCAGGCACAAGGCCUGCGCCCCCUCCGGCGAGGUGAUGAGCUGGUGAGCGUCAAUGGGGUGUGCCACUUUCAGUCAAUGCGCCGUCAUCUGGCGCGGGCAGAGAAGGUUCGCCUCCAAUUCCUGAAGGCCGAUCUCGUCCUUCCCCUGGAGUGUGACAGCUGCGACUGUGAUAGCCCAACUGCGGCGACCACGAAGCCUGGCCCAGUAGUGGCUGCACAGGAUUCGACCCGGAGCCCCAGCUCCCAGCCGAGCCAGCCCAGUCAGACCCAGCCAAACGACAGCCAACCGGCCGACCUAAGCCCAACCUCUCCCCAAGGAGAGGUUGCAGAGGUUGCAGAGGUUGCAGGCACGCAGUGCUCCACUGCCUUUUGCGCUGUUGAGCAUAGCUUGCCGGCACUUCCGUUUCCCUCCGACUCCCUCAGACAUGUCCCCGACAACAUCCCCGACAGUAUCACACAGCCUGCACCUGCAAUGGUCCGGGGAAGGGACACCGCCAUGAAGAGAGCCGACUUGCCUAACUGGUGUAAGGAAAAGAGAAAGUCUCGUCGACAUGCUUCCACGGGUGCAGAAGAAGAAGGUCGAUUCUCCAGCAAUUCCUCGGGAUCUGGUUCCGAGCAGGUCUCCGGCGAGAGCAAAUGCCCCUCCACAGAUUGGGAGUACAUGAUGGACAACAGGCCCGGCAGCUUGCUCCACACGGAGCUGGCGACCCGGGAGCCCCAGGCCCAGUCCCUCCACUCCAUGCCAAGAGCAGGAACCGUGGGCCUGCAUGGCGACUUCCAUGCUGGCAGCAACGUCGUAAUCGUAGCUGGCUCCCAAGCCAUGGCAUUGCAGACAGGUGCCCUGAGCACUGUGGUGGGCGGCGGCCUUUUCCAGGCACUCCCGCAGCUCCCGCAGCUCCCACAGCUCCCGCUGCCCCAGAUCCCUCUCCUGCCCCAAGCGCACAUCCUGUCCCAAGCCCCUGCAGAAGCCUCGGGCCUGGCUGACUACGUGCAAGGGUUCCCGACUAGAACUGCCAGGAGUGGGCAGGUCGCAAUGCCACAGCCCACUUCCUCCACCUCCCUUUCCCAAGCGCUUGAAGUCUCCAAGCUGCCACACGCAUCCCACGGAUCCCACGAGUCCCACGAGCCCAAGAGACUCCCCGAUCUUCCCGUCGCGCAGACCGAAGUCGCAGAGACGACAGCGGCGUCUCGGUCAGGAAGUGCUCCUCCACGAUCUUGCUUCCUGGUGCCGGAGCAGCCGGGCCCCCAAAAAGAAAGCGGCAAGAAGCGGACCUACCGCUCCGGAAAGCGGAUCCGAGCCAAGCGCACCCGCGCAGCCCAGCGGGCGCAGGUCGGGGUCUUGACAGGGCAAGCAGCCCAAAGCGGUGAAGGCGAAGCAGGCGAGGCAGGCGAGGCAGGGGAGCCUCCAAGCCGGCCGCGCGCUGGCAGCGCCCCGGCUGCCCUCCGUAGCCUGGAGCUCAGGGACAGCUCUGAGAAGGGCUAUUACAAGCCACGGAGGCGAGCUGGGAAGAAGGUGCGGCAGCGCAUGGAGCAUGCCAUCGCACGCAGGAAGGAGCAGGCCCUAAUGGCCGAAGCAGCGGAAAACUGCAGGAUGGUCUCGGAUGACGAGCCGGAGCCCAACGAAGCUCCGGUCGAGCUGCGACCAGUUGCAAAGCCCGUGCCCGUGCCUCACGCGAAGCCAUCGCACGCUUGCCAGAAGCGAGCAGAUUCGCCGACAUCAGUUUCAACUUGCACCACUGCUGCGGCGACCAUGGCCCAUGGCAGGCACACGGCUCAGCGGCCGCAGCGUCGGGCCUCCCGCACGCGAGCUCCCAACGCAGGCCCGGAGCUUCCAGGAGCUUCCGAGAUCGUUGGCCAGCGGGUGCUUCUUACCGGCCUUGUCCAUGCACCGCACUUUAACGGCCAUUGGGGCUACGUAGAUGGGUUUGACACGGACCAGCAGCGCUACAUCGUGCGGGUCUUCUUGGGUGAGCCAGGGACGCCGCCCACGGUGGUGACUUGCCUGCAUGGUCGGAUCUGUUGUCCAUGA